AGCGUCCUCGGCCGCCCAGCUCAUCUCUCGUCUAGUAAUGCACAUUCGAUAGUGCAGUGUCCAAUAGAUUGGAGUCUCCCGGAUGAGGCAAGAUGCGAAGACAACGAGCUUCUUCCUCGAGCCGGCCACCGUACAAGUAUUUCAACUUCCCGUCACCUCUUCUCAAUCUACCCACAAACCAACUUUCUACAUCUCAUCUCUACCACGUUUUCACAAUAUCUAUCCCCCCCUCAUCAUUGCCAAAGCUCCUAGAAGCACGUUCCAAAAGCACUUUACUUAUUUAAGAUGCAGCUCUCCUCUAUCCUCCUCUCCGUUGGCCUCAUGGCCGCCGGUGCCAACGCAAAAGUCCACAACGCCAGUGUCUGCGUGACAAACAGACAAGAGAUGCCCGUCGGCGGCACUGGCUGGAGUGUGAGCUACACCUGGAGCAAGAACUACGAGAUCUUGCCCGAUGCGACCAAGUGUGCCUGCAACUACUACAAGAACCGCAAUACCGGAAACAAGCAAUGGGAUAAGUGCCCCGACUGCACCUUUGUAAGUAUUCUUCUGCCACAUUCAGCCGAUCGUAGUUUAAUAUUGUGAUUCUAGGACGGCUUCCAGUGCAACUCUGCUGGCUGGCACAUUGGAGGCGAUGAGCUGAACUACUACUGCAGCAAGAAGUGCGGCGCCCAGGGCUCCGAAGCCAACUAAGCUCUUGCCAUUACUGUUUUCGAGUUUUUCGCUCGGACGACGACGGACGAACAUUGAGAUACCACGUUUUUAUUCAUGGCUGCACAUACUUGAUUACCAUGAGGUUGGGCUGAGACUCGCUUCGAAAGUAGAUACCUAUCGACAUUAGUACAUAUUCCGAUAACCAUAAUUCACACUUUCUUCAACUUCAA